CCAACUUAUCGCUCACCUGACCUGACGGGGCAGCACUGACCAAGACCAACGGUUGGUCAGAGAGCUAUUACUUGCCUUGUCCCUUUACAUUUCUCCCCAAGCAAGUGAAUGAAUCUGACCCAUUCACCGUCUUCUCCACACGAUGCCUCGGGCCUUCUAUUUGCUGGAUUCAACCAGGACUUUGGUUGCUUCGCUGUAGGCUUGCGUAAUGGCUUCCGUGUGUUUAAUGCUGACCCUUUGGUCCAGCAAACAAGGAAAGAGUUCGACGACGGAGGUGUGUCGAUCGUAGAGAUGCUCUAUCGUACCAAUUAUCUCGCUUUGGUAGGAGGCGGUAGAAAUCCAAGAUACCCUCCCAAUCGAGCUAUCAUCUUCGAUAACAUUAAAGGCAAAUCGGUGGUUGAGCUCGAGUACAAAAGUGAUGUGCGGAAUGUGAAGCUUAGAAGAGACAGGCUUGUUGUGGUCACUGCAAACAAAGUGUUUGUCUAUCUUUUCAGCCUUAAUCCUCAAAAACUUCAUACGUUUGAAACCAUUGAUAACCCAAAUGGUUUGGUGGCUCUCUCUCCGUCUCAAGAACAUGCCAUCUUGGCUUUUCCUGGUCGUCAACAAGGCCACAUCCAAGUGGUUGAUCUGAACAAGAUCAACUCUACCACCGCCGUCCUAUCCUCCAAUAACAACGCUCUCAAAACGAUGCAGUCAACCACCACCAACGUCAGUAUUAUUGCAGCCCACUCUGGACAAUUGAGUUGUCUGGCUAUGAACUUUGAUGGAACGAAAUGUGCAACUGCCAGUGAGAAAGGAACGUUGAUACGGAUAUUCGAUACAGCGACAGGUCAACUCCUGAACGAACUUCGUAGAGGCAUGGAUAGAGCCGAAAUAUAUUCCAUCGCAUUCAACAAGGAGUCGACGCGGAUCUGUGUCUCGUCUGAUAAAGGAACCAUUCAUAUCUUCAACUUGGAUGCUUCUGUUGUCACUUCUGCUGAACGUACACCACGUGGCCCAACGUAUGGAGAAGUCACCACUAGCACCUCUUCCACCCCUCAAGGAUUCACUCACAGUGGUAACCGCGGCAGCAGUUUUCGAUUUAUGAAAGAUUUAUUGCCAAAGUAUUUUUCGAGCGAAUGGAGCUUUGCCCAUGCGAAAAUAUCGUCCGAAACUCGCUGUGUCGUUGGAUUUGGAGAGCAAAAGAAUAGUAUCAUUGCAUUAUGUGCGGAUGGUGCGUGUUACAAGUUCUUGUUUGAUCCAAGAAAAGGCGGAGAAUGCUCUAGGGAAAGCUAUGAGCGGUUUUACUCUCCUUUUGACGACGACUGAUAGAUUCUCCAAUAUUAUAUUCCCCCUCCAUGUUACCUUCGGCUGUUAUUUUCCCACCUGUCAAUUUAUUUUUUUACCAGUAGCUGAACAUUGUACAAACCCACAAAGUAAACAUUUACGAACCAGAGCCACUUGUGGUGUAGUUUUGAGAAACUGGGAGCUGCUAUGAUUUACAGUCUGAUGGGACC